AUGUUGGAUCAAGAUGCUAUAUCUCAUGAAUUGCAUCUUAUACGUAGUCUAUUACAUGAGAAAAUAUACACAUUAUCAAAUGAUGAGACUAAUUUGUCAUUAUCUAAGAAAGAGUAUAAGAAAAUGAUUUUAUUGUAUGAAAAAGGAAUUUAUGAUGGACAAGAAAAUAAUAAUUAUAAUCCCAUAUACUUUGCUCUUCUUUAUAAUUUGCACCAAAAUCAAAAUUGUGCUGGAGCUGCAAUGGUUGCACUCGAUCAACUCAAUGACGAUCUGAAUAAUUCAGCUCAUGAAGACAUGUGGCAUCAAAUAUUAGAUCAAAUAAGGAAAUUCGAAAAGGAACAAAACUUUUCAUUGCAAAAAAGCUUUGAAUACAUAUCAAGUAUGACUGCCAAUAUUGCUGCUCCAAAACUGGCAAAUGAAGAACAGAUCAAUCAAGCUCUGUUGUGCCUUUUAAAAGACAAAUUAUCCAUGUUGGAAAAGAUUGAAAACAAACGCAAUCAAGUUAAAAUUGAUAAAGAACAUUUUAUACAUGAUAAAAACGAGAAUCGUCUUCAUUUUUACCAUUCAAUGCGUGUAUCUCUGUCACAUAAAUUCGCAGCUAUGGCUAUCACAAGUGGAGAUAGUCAAAGCGAGCCAAUAGUUAAACAUGAUCGAACAGGAACUGCCACUAUGUAA